CCCCGUCACAAAAGAACAACAAAGCGAAGAGGAGUGGCCAACGAGCCCGAGCCAAAAUGGCUUCGACAGGGCGUCAGUUUCCCCACUUUCCUUUGAUGCACCCAAACUGCAGCUAGGAAGCGAGCGAGCGAGCGAGCUAACGGGGAACUAUCCGAGACAAGGGAAGGGAACGCGCCGGUGACAGUUGAACAUGGCUGAACUUGAACAACACCAAGGAGAGCAGGGCAUCGAGGAGAAAAUUGAGCAGACGAGAGAGAGAUUCAAAAACGAAUUCCUCCGAGAUUCAUCAGACAAAUAUGACCUAAGAGAUGUGGACAGACUGCAGAAAGACAACUCCAUGGUGGAGGGCUACCUGAUGUGGCGACUCUACGUGGUGGACGACGCCUUGAAAAUGAUUGACGAGAGUUUCCAAUGGAGGAAAGAGUACGGCAUAAACGAUCUCUCCGAGAGCUCCAUUCCCAGAUGGAUGUUUGAGACAGGGGCGGUCUUUCUCCAUGGAUACGACAAAGAGGGCAACAAGCUCUUCUGGUUUAAGGUAAAACUACACGUAAAGGAUGCAAAAGCAGUCAUUGACAAGAGGAAAUAUGUGGCUUUCUGGCUGGAGCGAAAUGUCAAAAAAGAACCUGGGAUGCCCUUAACAGUCGUGUUUGACAUGUCAGAGUCUGGCCUCACCAAUAUAGACAUGGACUUUGUGAAGUAUGUUGUAAAUUGCUUCAAAGUAUAUUAUCCAAAGUUGCUCUCCAAGAUGAUUAUUGUGGAGAUGCCUUGGAUCAUGAAUGCCGCGUGGAAGAUCGUGAAAACGUGGUUGGGUCCAGAGGCCAUCAGCAAGCUCAAAUUUGCAUCCAGAUCUGAACUCCAGUCGUUUAUCGACCCGGAGUACUUACCGCCUCACAUGGGUGGAACGGAUCUGUUCAAGUACAGCUACCCACCUCUCCCCGACGACGACUUCCAGACGCCCAUCAGCGACAAUGGACCAAUCGUCAGCGAGGAUGAGAUUGAGAGCAAAGAAAGCGAGCUGGAGAGCAAAGACGGUCUCGAGUCCAGCAUCAACUCCGAGGUUGCCGUCAAGCCCAAAAAGGUGAAUUUCCUGGAAGACAAUUUGAGGACAGAAGACAGCGAUAAGGGAGAGAGCCGAAUCAAAGGAGCCAGGAGGCCUAUGACCACAUUUAAAGGCACCCUGUUGGACAUCAGCCCUGCAGAAGAACUCAGUUUUGGUUGUGGAGAAACAGAGAAGAAAAGCCUCAUUAUUCUGAGCAAUGUGACGAAAAACCCAUUGGCCUUUAAGGUGCGGACCACAGCACCCGAGAAGUACAGAGUGAAGCCGAGCAGCAGCACCUGUGAACCCGGCGCCUCCAUCGAUAUUGUGGUGUCCCUGCAUGGAGGAUCUCAGGCGUCCCCCCAGGAUCGCUUCCUGGUGAUGGCGGCUGAGAUGGACAACGUAGGAUCUCAAGAACUUGCGCAGUACUGGAAAGAAGUACCAAAGCCCAAAAUCCUGGAGCACAGGUUGCGCUGUCAUGUUCUAGAGAGCGUUAAACCAGCGGGCAACCUUCUGAGGGAGGCUGGCGAUCUAGGAAGCAGCAAGAAUAUAAACACAGCGCAUGUUGCACAGAAAGGCUACCGGGCAUCUGAUGACAGCUUCCUCAUGCGAUUGAUGGCUUCCAACUCCCGGCUAGAGCAGAGCGUGAACACGUGCGUGUGGGUCCAGAAGGUUCUGGUCUGCUUGGUCCUGGUUCUGCUGAUGCUCAACCUGUACUGCAUCCGCCUGCUGACGACGGCCCAGCAACUCUCUUGACCACCGCACGUCUACGAAGACCGAUCCGCCUCCCUUGAAAGACCUUUUGGCGCCAAAUCGAGGGGCAGGUUUUGUGCUGCCCCUUGACAACGAACAAAGACACUUUUUAACAACCUUGAAGCAGUUUUUUAAGCUGGGAAAAAAAUAUAUUUAUUGCAAAAAAUAUGUAGGAAAUAUAUAUUUUUGUGAUCAUAUUGUACAAUAUUUUACAUGAUACUCUAGCAGAUGUGAAAAUAAAUACUCUUUUUUUUUUGCCAUGUUAAUGAAAGUAGAAGUACUGAUUCUACUCCUUAAGUCAAUGUAAAAAUAACCCUGAAAUUAAAAAGCAAAAAUGA